AAACGGUCGUAUGUCGAACUCCAACCCUGAGAAGCCGUCGCCCUUCACGAAUGUAGCGCCUCCGCCGCCCCCAGGCCACCCAGUGAUGAGCCAAGCUGUUGCAGUGGAUCCAUACGGUCGUCCCAUGGUUGAUCAGUAUGGCCGUCCUAUCGCUGCUGUCCCAGUUGCAGUGGACCAGUACGGACGUCCCAUCCAAACAGUUCCGGUCGUCCAGGCCCAUUUGCCUCCUGCCCGCGUAGUCCCGAACAAUGCCAACAUUCGCCGUGAUACCCAAGGGAACGCCUUAUGCAACAAGUGCAGCGCGCCAUACCCACUUCCCAAUGGCGCAACCUCGUGGCGAUGCCGACAAUGCAGCGAAUUCAACAGCGCCAGCGUGUACGGCCCCGAGUGUUCCAUCCUCUAAUAUAUCUACUAUAUCUUCCUCA